AUGUUUUGUACAACUGCGUUGGUCCUUGAUAGCACAUUAUGUGGUGAUCAUUUUCCUGCUACAAAAGUAGGUUAUUCAUCAAACAAGAUAUUUUUCAUUGAUCUGUCCUCUAAAAUUCUGCAACAAGAAAUCCAGAAUAAUCCAGGAGGUCAGUCGGACAAGAAGAAGCUCACUUUCGAUACGUCCACGACGAUGACGUCAUCGUACAGUACGACCGUGCCUCUAUUUCUAUCGUUGAUUCAAAUCAGUAUUCAAUCACAAUGGACGUCCGGGCAGUAUCCGGAUUUACGGGGACCUACCGUAGGACAGUGUGCAGCCGUAUUACCACGAAAUAAACAACAUAUGUAUAUUUGCGACCCGGAUCGGAUAUUGAACAAUACUCAAGCGAUGUCAUUGAAUAAACAACUUCACGAUCUUGCGGUAGGAACACCAUGUCAUUGUCAACGACGAUCUCAAUGUACAACGGGAAUGCCAGGCACCGAAACCGAAGGUUUCCAUGGAUUUGUCGUUUCGGUAGCGAUUGUACAAAACCUUCAAAUGCAAAUCCAUUCACCAAGUGAAGCACAGUUAACGGAAAGAGCAGAAGCAUUCUGUCGAGCGCUCGAGGGUCGAUGGGCACUUGGCGAUUGUGGGAACUCAGUGAUUGUGUUCGUCUGGGAGCACUACAAGAAAAUGAUCAUAUGGCCAGCUCGAUUAGCCGAAAAAUACGUGACAGUCGAGGAACGAAAGAACAUACUACACAAGGUGAACGAUCUCGCACAAACGGACCAAUGGUACGCUGCCUUGUCACAGGUUAUAGGAGAACUAUUACGAGAAUUGAACGGCGAGGAAAGCGGUAAAGUAGACACUGGGACCUUAUCACUUGUAGUUGCCGUCGGUCUCGCAGUUUUACUAACGAUGUUAAUAACAUGCUGCGUAUGUGCGUUUCGAUGCUGUGGCAACUUACGGAGCGAGGAUCGACCGCGGCCGGUUCGUCGAGCUGUUGAGCGAGUAGAUAGCUUACGGGAAACCGUACUCAGAAGAGGAUCACAGCUUCGGAGAUCCAUCAGUCGCUCACCAAAGUUUCAAAACAACCCGAAUCGAUUUUUCUCCGCCGAUACAACGAUGCUCAUCUACUGUCGAGUUUCGCAAACCAGAUGUUUUAGGACCAUGUUCGACAAACUUACUGGUAACGGGAAUGGUAACAAAAUGAAUAUGCGAGUACAUGUACUUGAAGGUAUACUGUCAUCAAUUGAAACGGACGGAAGUUCAGCCAGGGUGAAUUCGCUUAGACAAGUGAUACGACGAAACAAAGCGGACAUGGCAGAUGAUGCAGGAAAAUCUUUGGAUUUGAUGCGAAGGAUAUUCCAAAACGAAAUCACAAAAGAACUCCAGCAGAUUAUGGAUCGCCACAUUCGAACCACCUUCUCUCCUGCUAUAGAAAAUCUGAAGAAGAAUGGACAUGUAGUUGACCAAGAUGUCAUCAAUGAUCUGUAUACGAGCAUUCUGGACGCAGCUAAAGCACCUUUUGUUAGGGAUCGAGCUUCCACAAUGAAUCGAGACCGUUUGAAUUCAGAAAGGAGCAAGAGAGGAUAUGAAUCGGAUGAGUCUGACGUGAGCAUACUGAGUCAAUCAAGUGAAAUCAAAAGGAGACGUGGCCGUCCGAGGAAGGACGAGGAACUCUCUUCUCUGGAUCUUUCACCUUUUACAAUGCACGAAGUUCUGAAAUGGUCUCCGGAGCGUCACCUACUCACUACACGCUAUAUUCCUGCCGCAAAAGUUGCUGCUCUGCUUUCCAUACCUGUCACUGUGUUUUUCAGUAAAUAUCCGAGGAUGUUCCGGUACUCAUGCGAUGAAGAAGAUCGAGCGCAGCUAACCGAAGAGAAGAAGCUAUCUAGAGGUGCUGGUCGAUGUUAUUUGAUGGUGAUGGACGAUGUGACAGAGUUACUCGGUCGAUCGCCUGAUCUCGAAUUUUCAUCAUUUGUCCUUAACGAGCACAUUCUGUUGAAAAUGCGCUCAAGAACGGUUCCUGUAUUCGAACGGCUUAAGGCUCGUCUACCACCUUCCGCUUUCACAUUCAGUCAGUGA